AUGUGCAUGUGCUACUCUCUAUCAAAUUCCCUGACUGCCCUUGCUCCUUUCUUCCGCCUUUGGUAUGUCACGUUUACUUUGGGUCUAUCAGAUUCUUUGGCUAUUCAGCUGCAUGGGCAGAACUCAGAUACCUCUACUAUACAAGAGAAUACAGUUGACACUAACCAUGUAGAAAGCAGAGUCAAGGAGUUUUAUGGCAAACUGUUACAUGCUCAGGAGGAUGUAAAAAAUAAAUCUGAAUUCAAUAAUGUAAGAGAUGUUCUAGAACUAUCUGGCUUCUGUGGGAAUGAGAUCCUCAGAAAAUGGCAUUCUGCCCAUCAGCCUGUAGACCCUUCAGUGUUCGAGGAAGUUGAAGGGUGUUUGAUUGCUCAACCAGACAGUUCUGGAAAUGAAGAAGGUGGUUGCUGUGCUAAUCUACUUUUGUUUGAUUUAAUUAAUGAGGUCCUAUUAGAUAUAUACAAGAGAUCAUUUUCCUACUGGCAAAAGCCAUUAACUUGCCAGUUUCAUAUCCAUCGAAUGCCCUUUGGUUACCAUGUUCUGGAGGAGGUUUGGGCUGACAUAAGUUGGUACUUGAGCUGGAAACCCGAAAUUUUCCUGACGCUUGAUGAUGAUGCUGUGAGCCGGGAUUUAGAAAAAGUUGAUGGUUGGAUGAACCUCCAAUUUGAUGCUGAGUUUGUGGGGCUUGAAAUUGAUUAUCUAAUAUUUGAUGAUCUUCUUGAUGAGCUCAUCUUCGAAUGA